AUUCCUUCCUACGCUAAUGAUCGCGGGAAGGUUACAGGUGAUAAUUACAGUUAGACGACAUUUAUGUUUCAACAAGGACGAUCCAUUAUACUGCUAUUAUGGAACAGGAGCGAAGAGGAAUCGACGUCGUCGGGUCUGCAAUCACGCUGCACGCGACCCCUGCGGCCAAGGAGCGACCUUGAAGGGGAUGACUUUCGGAACGCGUCAAGAACAAUAGGCUACUACCUUGACCACAAGCUGAAACUGCCCACGGAAUCCAUGAUUACCUACAGCUCUUCAACCGGACUUCAACACGGCUGCCCUCCGUGGGAGGAUGUCUCAAGAUCGACGUACUCAUUCCAAAUUCCCACAGGGCCCCAACAACGCAGAACUUACUUUAACAAUCGAAGACACGUUUUUUCCGUAACGCAUCAACAACACCGAGAGUUGGCGAAAGAUUUAAACGAGCUACCACGUGGCGACCAGACAAGCAGCGACCCUAACGGACGUGCAAAGAACAUUCGAGGACAGAAAAAGACCAGGGACGCGGGAAGUAGGGUCGCUGCGAAUGUUCGAGAGCGACGACGGAUGGACAAGCUCAAUGUCGCCUUCGACCAGCUGAGGGAAGUGGUUCCGUCUGUAAGCAACAGAAAGCUCUCCAAGUACGAAACGUUACAAGUGGCCCAAAGCUACAUCUUAGCAUUGGCUGAACUACUCACAGGGAAUACUUAAGUGGACGACCAUAGGCUGUCGUGCUGUCUACUUACUGAUAUGGAGGACCGUAGACUGGCAAAUUGACUCAUGAGGAACGAGCAAUUGGGCUAGUUGGUGUCUUAUCUGCUCCUCCGUCCCUUUGGUCUAAUGAUGAGUUGUGAUGUUGAUGGGUUGUGAUGUUGAUGUCCAUUGACGGGUUGUGACGUUGAAUGAAUUUCUAGCAAAUUAUUGACCAUUGCGCGGGACCGUCGUCGUGGUCGUGAGGGUCCGAGUUACGAAGGAACGAUCCAAGCUCGACGUUUCUAUAGGAUGUUUCCAUUCUAUUCAUUGCAGCGUUCUGUUGAGGACAGUGGAGAAUAUUUCGUAUGCUAUCAUUCAUUCAUGUUGUUCGUAGGGAGGUACAUGUUGUACUUUGCUAAUCUAUUCACUAACAUUGUUUCCCUUUCUUCGUUUGGUCGUGCUACAUUUUGAAGGACGUGUUUUUCUAAGCGGACGUUAUCAUUUCCUUGAGCUUGAGGAGGUAAGGGACAGAGGCAGAAAACCAAGUAGACAGGACUAGACAGAACC